GUCUCACAUAGCUUCUAAAUGUCUCGCGAAUCUGUGUGUCGUUGUCCUCCUUCUUGUCCUAUAGUGAGAGCACAGCUUCGUGAUGCAAUCGAGCAAGCGCCUUAUUUAAUUGAUGAAUUUUUCCCACGAAAAAAAAAUGACGUUUUGGAUCAUCCGUUGGAUGAUAUCGUCAGGGACAAUAAACUGAAACCGGUGAUCGCAGCAGCAUAUGAAAAACUAGUAAGACCGGAAGAAAUUGUAAAGUACGAACCGCCAAAGGCAGUGGAAGACACUAUCGAAGCGAAGCCUAUUGAACUUGAUAUUCAAGAACAAAUUGUUCGAGAACCUCCAAGCAUCCAAGAACCAAUUGUUAUUCCGACAGAAAAAAUACUAGACCGUGAUGAAAAAAAAAUUGAUUUGGUUGAAGAAAAAGAAUUGAUUAAAAAACCUACAAUAAUCCCGGAACCAAUUGUCAUCGCGCCAGAUAAAAUACUAGACCGAGAUGAGGAAAAAAUUGAUUUGAUUGAAGAAAAAGAAUUGAUUAAAGAACCUACAAUAAUCCCGGAACCAAUUGUCAUCUCGCCAGAUAAAAUACUAGACCGAGAUGAGAAAAAAAUUGAUUUGGUUGAAGAAAAAGAAUUAAUUAAAGAACCUACAAUAAUCCCGGAACUAAUUGUCAUCCCGCCAGAUAAAAUACUAGAUCGAGAUGAGGAAAAAAUCGAUUUGAUUGAAGAAAAAGAAUUGAUUAAAGAGCCUACAAUAAUCCCGGAACCAAUUGUUAUUCCACCAGAUAAAAUAUUGGAUCGUGAUGACAGAAAAAUCGAUUUGGUUGAAGAAGAAGAAUUGAUUGAAGAACUGAAAAAACUUCCGGAACCAAUCACCCAUAUAGAAAAAAUACUGGACCGUAAUGAUAAAAAAAUUGAUUCGAUUGAAGAAAAAGAAUUCGUUGAAGAACCUAAAAAACUCCCAAUUAUUGUUCCUUCUGAAAAAAAAGCAAAUCAUGAUACCAACGAUGUAAUCAAAGAGAAGAAGAUAAGUGAUAAUAAAACUGUAGCAAUAUCUCCGAACAAAGUUUCGGUCGCAAUUGAAGAACCUGAAAUCAUUAAGAAUGAAAUCAGUCGAGAAGCGGAAGAGAUUAAAUUAGAAACUCCGCGAGAACUAAAAGAGCAUCUUAAACCUGAAGAGCCUGUAAAAGAUAGCCAACCGGAAGAAAGAUUGUCACUUCCUACUGACUAUGAGAAAUUUAUUGACGAAGAAUAUCGGAAGGUUCUACCUAGAAAGAAAAGUCCGGAAUUGCAGCCACCGAAGAGAGAAGAAGUAACUGUAUCUGAUAAACGAGCUGUUAAAGAAGUAAAUGCUAGAAGAGCGGAGCGUAUUGUUUCUCCUGCAGAAGAUGCUUGUGACGAAACAUGUCCUUUAAUACAAAAACAAAAAGAGCUUAUUGCGCGCAAACUAGAGGAACGACAGCGGAUCGUAGAUAAUUAUUAUCUGACGAAAGGUUUCAGCUACUUCGAGGAAGUAUGCACAUGUUCCCUGGCUUGUGUGAUAUACAAUCUGAGUAGGGACUCGUUUGUGAAAAGCAUAUUCGCGUCUCUCGCAUUGUUCGCGGUUGGACUAAAGCUGUGCUCCGAGCUGGAUGCUUGGGAAAUGCCAAGCCGCAUUUCUAAAUAAAAUUUAAUUAUCGAUA